AGAAGAUUAAAACUAUAUGAUUGUUAUAAGAUGCAUUCAUCUCCUUCUCUGUCUUCCAGUAUUGCUUUCUCUUCUAACUCUUUCUGACCUCUCAUCAAUUUCUUUCCAUGGAUAACGCCUCCUCAUCUUACAAACUCCCACGGAUGUACGAUGUGCUCAUCAACUUCAACGGAGAAGACAUCCACAGAAAUUUUGUUUCUCAUCUCAAUUCUGUCCUCUCUACUGUUGGUCUCACCACUUUCCUUCAUCACCACAAUGCAGUGAAUUCAACUCACAUCCAAGAACCUAUUCUCAGCCGCUGUCGUGUAGCAAUUGUUGUUUUCACCCAAACCUAUUCUCAAUCUGCUUGGUGUCUUCAUCAGCUUCUACAAAUCAUCAAAUGGCACGAAACUUAUUGCCGACAUGUUCUGCCCGUAUAUUAUGAAAUCCAGCCAUCUGAUGUACGUCUUCAGAAGGGUGACUUUGGAAAAGCUUUGAAGGCAACUGCACAACAAACAUUUUCAGGACAAGAACUGGAGGAUGGAAUGUCCAGGUGGAGCCAUGCACUCACCAAAGCUGCAAAUUUCUUUGGAUGGGAUGAGAGCAAUCACAGGAGUGAUGCUGAAUUAGUGGAGAAAAUUGUUAAGAGCGUUGUUAAUUUACCAGUCUUGUCUGCUACUAAAUUUCCAGUUGGAUUACAAUCCCACGUGGAAGAUCUGAUUCGAACUAUAAAAAAUAAAUCCACUGAAGUUUGUAUGAUAGAGAUAUGUGGAGAGGAAGGAUCUGGUAAAACCACUCUUGCCAAAGCCAUCUACAAUCAAAUUCAUUGGACAUUUAAGGAGAAAAGUUUCAUGGAAAAUAUUUCACAAGUUAGAAGAAUAAGAGGGUAUCUUCGUUUACAAGAACAACUUCUUUUAGAUGUCUUAAAACAAAAGGUGGAGAUUCCUAACAUUGAUUUGGGAAGAAGUAUGAUUCGGGAAAGGCUUUCUGGAAAAAGGGUGCUCAUUGUACUUGACGGUGUUUCAUGCUUUAGUUUAUUCGACCUAUGGAACUGUGGUAAAUGGUUCGGCGAAGGAACUGUAAUAAUCGUUACAUCAACAUUUGAAGGAGUGCUGAACGAUGCUAAUUCUUUCUUUUGGGUAGAGCGAAUGAACGCAGAGGAGUCCCUUGAGCUUCUCAGUUGGCAUGCAUUUAGAGAAGCAAAACCAAAAGAAGAAUACUAUUACCUUGCAACAAAAGUAGUUAGUUAUUGUGGAGGACUACCACUAGCUCUGGAAGUCGUUGGAAGUAGUUUAUUUGAAAAGACGAAAAAAGAAUGGGACACUAUAUUGUCAAAAUUUGCGAUAGUUGGGAGGCAUCGUUUUUCAGAGAUAAUAAAAAUAAGCAUUGAAGGUUCACUGAAUGAAAUGGAGAAAGAUAUAUUCCUUGAUAUAUGUUGUUUCUUUGUUGGUAAGAGCAGAGCCUACGUUAGGAAGAUCCUAAACGGUUGUGGAGUAGACGCUGAUAUUGGAAUAAGAGUUCUUAUCGAGCGUAACCUCAUCACAAUUAACAAGAACAACAAAUUUGGAAUGCAUCCUUUGCUACAAAAAAUCGGAAUACAAAUUAUUCAAGAAAAUUUUGUAAAGGAUCUUGGGAAGAACAGGCGACUGUGGUUUGAUAAGGAUACAAAAUAUGGGACAGAAGACAUGCAGUGGAUGCCUGUGAAACUGCCUUCAGUUCUCAUUGCCUUAAAAAGUGUACAACCGACUGUAAAUUCUCAAUACCUUAUUAAGAAACUAAGAUGGAUCA